AGGAGGAAUCAUAGAUUCUAAAAAGAUUUUUUCCCUUCUCUAUGGACUUAAUGUGAAACUUAGUUUUGUUUCUAUUUGGAUUUACUUUGUAAAAAUCAACACCAUAAACCCGUGUCAGAUAUUUAAAAAUAGGGUAAACCAUGAGUUGUGGAAAUGAGUUUGUGGGAACAUUAAAAAAAAUCGGUUAUCCUAAAGCUGAUAGUCUUAAUGGAGAAGAUUUUGACUGGUUGUUUGAGACUGUUGAAGAUGAAUCAUUUUUGAAGUGGUUUUGUGGGAAUGUGAACGAACAGAAUGUAUUGUCUGAGAAAGAAUUGGAAGCUUUUUGCAUUCUUCAAAAAUCAGGCAAGCCCAUCCUAGAAGGGGCGGCAUUGGACGAAGUUCUUAAAACCUGUAAAACUUCUGAUUUGAAGACACCUAGACUGGGUGACAAAGAGCUGGAGAAAUUAGAGAGUGAGGUUCAAACUCUGCAGAAAUUAAAGAACCUAAAAAUUCAACGACGUAACAAAUGCCAAUUGAUGGCUUCAGUAACUAGCCACAGAUGUCUGAGGUUAAAUGCUAAAGAAGAAGCCACCAAAAAGCUGAAGCAGAGUCAAGGAAUUCUAAAUGCAAUGAAUGCUAAGAUCAAUAAUGAACUUCAAGCUCUUACUGAUGGAGUUACAAAGUUGAUGCUGUUCUUCAGACAAUCUAAUUUGGGUAAAGGGACAAAUCCACUGGUGUUUUUAUCUCAGUUUUCUUUGGAAAAGUAUCUAAGGCAGGAAGAGCAAAGCACAGCAGCAUUAACCUUAUAUACCAAAAAGCAGUUCUUUCAGGGUAUACAUGAAGUAGUUGAAAGUUCAAAUGAAGAAAAUUUUCAACUUUUAGACCUACAAACACCAUCUAUUUGUGAUAAUCAAGAAAUCCUUGAGGAGAGACGACUAGAGAUGGCUAGGCUGCAGCUAGCAUACAUUUGUGCUCAACAUCAGUUAAUUCACUUGAAAGCAGGUAAUCUGAGCAUGAAGUCAAGUAUCAAAUGGGCCGAGGAGAAUCUCCAUAGCCUAACCAGCAAGGCUGUUGGCAAAGAAAAUUUGGAUGCUAAAAUUUCUAGCUUGAACAGUGAGAUUAUGAAACUUGAAGAACAAAUCACUCAUGUAAAAGACAAAAGUUUGCCUGCUGUGGUAAAAGAGAAUGCCCAGUUAUUGAAUAUGCCAGUCGUAAAGGGAGAUUUUGAUCUGCAGAUUGCCAAACAAGAUUAUUAUACGGCAAGGCAAGAGUUAGUUUUAAAUCAGUUGAUAAAGCAAAAGGCAUCAUUUGAACUUCUACAGUUAUUAUAUGAAAUUGAAUUAAGAAAGCAUUGGGACAUACAUCGUCAACUUGAAAAUUUGGUUCAAGAACUUAGUCAAAGUAACAUGCUCUACCAGCAAUUAGAAAUGUUAACAGAUCUGUCAGUCUCUCAGCAGAUAAAUCAAAGGAAUACCAUUGAUACCAAGGAUUAUUCUACUCAUAGGCUUUAUCAACUUUUAGAGGGAGAGAAUAAGAAAAAAGAAUUGUUUAUAACUCAUGGAAACCUGGAGGAAGUGGCCAAGAAAUUGAAACAGGAUGUUUCUUUAGUACAAGAUCAGUUGGCACUAUCUGCUCAAGAACAUUCUUUCUUUCUGUCCAAACUGAAUAAUGAUGUGGACAUGCUCUGUGAUGCGUUGUAUCAAGGAGGAAAUCAGCUUUUGCUUAGUGAUCAGGAGUUAACAGAGCAGUUUCAUCAAAUUGAAUCUCAACUGAAUAAGCUAAAUCAUCUCCUUACUGAUAUUCUGGCUGAUGUGAAGACAAAAAGAAAAAUUUUGGCAACUAAUAAAUUACAUCAAAUGGAGAGAGAAUUAUAUGUAUAUUUUUUAAAAGAUGAAGAUUAUCUGAAAGACAUUGUGGAGAAUUUAGAAACCCAGUCAAAGAUUAAGCCUAUUGGUCUUGAAGAUUGAAAAUUCCUAAAAACUGAAUCUUUACUAUGUAUAUGCCAUAUAUUGUAUACAUAGGAAUAGAAUAUAUCUAAUAAACACUGCUAAAUUUUUAAAUUU